AUGACGAGUCUCAACGUGGUAAUCCCUCCGGGCAUGAAGCCAGGUCAGGAAUUACAAGCCCAGAGUCCAGACGGCACGAUUGUGCAGGCCAAGAUUCCCGCUGGAAUGAAGCCUGGGCAGACUUUCACUAUGCAGUAUACCCCCACGGUGGCCCCGACACCGCCGGAGCCAAAACUGCUGGGCGCACUAGGCAGAAUGUAUUCUGGUGGAGAUCUCCUCGUCCUUCUUGGCUUGGUCGCAGUCGGCUUCUCGCUGCCGUAUCUUUUCAGUCACGCCGGAUCGGUCCUACCAAUUGUGGCCACAUAUGCCAUACCUGCAGCAAUUGCUUUCGUGGCCAUCGCCUACGACUGGACCAUGAAGGGACCAACUGUCGCGCUGAAGCAUGGGUUGGCGUCUGCGGCAGUGGCCUGGGUCAUGGUUGUCCCUCUGGGUCUGAUAACGCAUUCUUUGUUGCAUUACCUCUCGGCUCUUAUCAUAGCAGGCCUUGCAUUAUCAAUGCUCCUGACACUUCUCACGAUGUACGGAUUUCUUGGUUGCAUUGUGGGUGUGCUACUGGGAAUGGUCCUGGUUCAUUUUGGCAGCUUCAUGGUGUGGUUGAUCACUGAGCCAUUCGGCACAUCGAUUGUCUUCGCCGCAACGUUCUGGUGUGCCAGGGUGUUUUUCAGCGUGCUUUUCCAGCAUCACUUGGACCCAAAAUCUUGGCCUGACGUAAAAGAG